GUCUUAUAAACAAAAGCCAAACAUACUGCAGCCCCAGAAUCGUCUCUCAACUUAGCUCUUUAUAGGAUUUGUUGCCGUCAACUGAAAAACCCUUACAAUUCAGGUUCCUCUUUGUUAGUCGGCUGUGAUUCGAAAAUGUCUCAGUUAUUGUUGUUUUGUGUGUUUUUGGCUACCUUCAGCUACAUCUCAUCAACAGAAGUCUGCACCAAUACUCUCCUUCCAGGGGCUAAAGGAGACCAAGGUGAGACUGGAGAAGAGGGCGAUGAGGGAAAAAUUGGGAAAAAUGGUCCGCCCGGAUUUUCAGGAACCCCAGGGGAGCCAGGGAUUAAAGGAGAAAUUGGGCAAACAGGAAAAAUUGGAAUUAUUGGAGAAAAAGGCGAAAAAGGACAUAAAGGUAUGGAAGGCCCUCCUGGAUUGAAAGGAGGACCAGGCACAACGUGUGACUGUGGAAGGUACAGACGGGUGGUUGGACAACUGGAUCGCAAUGUAGGCAAGCUCCGAAACGCUAUCAAUUUUGUGAAGAAUGUUGUUUUGGGCUUAAGGGAAACAGAGGAAAUGUACUACUUCCUUGUGAAGGAGACCAAGACCUUAAGAGAAGCUUCAAUAAACUGCAAACUGAGAGGAGGCAUUUUGGCCAUGCCAAAAACCAGCACCAGCAACCAUCUCAUGGCAGAGUAUGUCAAUCAGGCUGGCCUGACGGGAGUCUACGUUGGAGUGGUCCAGGCUCCAAACAAGACCAUGGAUGAAACAAGCAGCUACAUUUAUGCAGAUUCCAGCCCUGUGCUGGGGUUCACAGCCUGGAGUCAACAGGGAAAACUGACUUCCCUGGACAUAAACUCCUGCUGCGUGGAGCUGCGAAGCACAGGAACAUGGAGUCAUGUGGAGUGUGACACCACCAUGUAUUUCCUCUGCGAAUUCCCAAAGAUCAGAAGAGGAGCAACAGGAAGAGGAGUGCCUGCUUUAGUGCCUAAAUAAAAUAACUUGACGUGAUCGGAUUUAUUGUGUCAUAAAUACAGGCUGUACUACUGUUUUGUACUAGUUUAUUGAAUGCAUUUUUUAUGGAAAAAGGAAAAAAUAAAUAAAUAAACACACAACAUAAUAAACUGAGUCCUAGGAUCUGGAUUGUACAAAAUUUUACUGAGGUGGUAAUCAUCCAGUGAUGUUUUCUGAUAUUAAAAGUGGCUAAAGUUAAGAAGUUUUUGUAUUUUUGCUGCACAGAAGCUGGUAUUGGACAGGAGUGAAAUACAGACGUAGGCACAUAUUCAGAUUACAAAAUCAUCAAUUUACUCACCUAACUUUAAAUUGGAAAGUCAACGGCAUAAUGAGGAACUGUUUACACAUGUUACUUUUUAUUACUGUGUUCAAAAUUUUCGGUCUCCGUUUUUUAUGAAAUUUCUAGUUUUAAAACAGAAGUCUUUUAAAGUACAUUGCUUAAAUCCCUUCUGAUGUUUAAGCAGUUCAGGCCAGACUAAGGGGUUACAAACCAUUGACCUUAUUUGGUGUCCAAAACUCAUUAAACCUCCUCUACAUUGAGUUCGUGAAAAAAAGAAAUCUUUUGACGGUUAUUCUGACCCUAGUCUUAAAAGGAAUAAAGAUGGUGUAUUUUGUUUAUUAAGUACCUGCUGCAUUUAUUUAUUUAUUUGGUAAUGUUUGCAUUUUUUCCUUUUAUUUCUCCAAUGUGUCAUUCAGAUUGGAGAGAAGCCAGAGUUCUGUGUAAUUUCAUAUCUUCUACGGCAAACAUGUGCUGAUUGUGACACCUGCUGGACAAAGUAGGAUGGUACAGAUACAUGAAUGCACCUUCCUGUGAUAAUUUUCAAAGAAGGUAUUAAAAAGUUAACUGAAAA